AUGGAAACCAGGGCGCUGUCCACCGUAGCUCGUGGGCUGGUGCGAGGUCUGUCUGCCAAGGCCAGCAGAGACCGACGGCUGUCGCAGCCAAUCGCCGCGCUACUCGUGGUCCUCGCCCUGGGUUUCCAGUCGGUCUGCGCCGACGCUGCCAGAGCCUGCCCUGCAGGCUGUUCGUGCCAGCACAGUGGCGAGCGGGUAUCCUGCGUCGGGCUCACCCGGGUGCCCAGGUUCCUCGGCUACUCCCCCAGGACGCUGAGCAUCACUCAGCACCGGAUAACCACACUCGACAGCAGGUCCUUCAGAGGACUGGAGCGCCUGGAAGUGCUGGAAAUCACCGAGGGUCGCCUGUCUGAGAUAUCCCCCGACGCAUUCUACGAGCUGAGAGACCUCAAGGAGGUCAACAUCUCACACAACGAGCUGAACGUGCUGCCCCGCGACGCGUUCGCCGAGUGCCGCCGGCUGGAGCUUCUGGACCUGUCCUGGAAUCCACUGGUGCUACCCGGCCGGGGCCCCAUGCUGGUCUCCAGCUCGCUGUCCGCCCUCGACAUGUCCUUCUGCAGCCUCGGCAAACUACCGGACCAGGUUUUCUCCAAGGUGCCGGUCCUCAGCGAAUUACGACUGCGGGGUAACAACCUCCAGCUCGUAUCCGAGUGCAUUCUGGAACCGAUCCCCCAGCUGAUACUGCUGGACGCCGAUCUGACGUUCCAGUGGACCGAGUGCUCUUCCCAGGAGGCGACAACCAGUGGCGCUCGGCAGGUGAAUAAGGUGGGAGACCCUGAGAGCGGGCGGGACCUCGUCGAGCGGCAGGCAACAGGCGACGUUCUCGCCUACGCAGAGGUGACCUUCAUCCCCACCCUGGCACAGUGGGUCUUUCUCGUCGUUACAGCACUACUUACAGCGUUGCUACUCACCUACAUUCGCAAAGCGUGCGAAAGAGGCCAACGUCGAGAGGAACACAUAUACGAGAUUCUAGGUGGUAGUCAGACAGUUCGCAUACCAAUUACAGACACGAAUUCAGAACAAGCAGCAAGUCGACCAGCUUCUGCGAGCAUUUAA